GUUGGGGAAGUGUGGCAAGCCCCAUGGAGCCGGGGCGGCCGUUCCUCUGGUGACGUGAUGCGAAGAUGGACGCUCGCUGGCUGAGAGGUCCGCGGCUCGUGGGGACGCUGAUGACAUCCAAUGGACAGGAUGCAAUGAUCUCUGAGCAGCAUCGCCAGCUGAACAGGAAGGUUCCGCCUCUCAGUUCAUCCCUGCUAUUGAGUGGCAACUGUGAAAAGAGACGGCUGUUUGAAAGUUCAAAGGACACACAGAACAUUGUUUUGGCCAACACAGAGAGACUGCCCACAUUCGACACUCAGGCAAACGGCCGAUACCAGUCGACAGUGUUCACGGACCAGAGACCGAGGCUGACGUGCCUGGUAGAAGAGACUCAAGACCCCUUGCUGGAUUGCAGGCAGAGCAUGGGAGCAACGAAUAGCAGAGCCGAGCUGCAGGAGACGCGGCCGGCAGCGACUCGGGAUGCAAACGAGCCGGGCAGCUGGGCUGGGACACAGACACCCGAGGACGGAAUGUGCAACAUUAGACCACCAGCAGAGAGCCAAAAUGUGCAGCUGCACCUGGGCGUGCCGAAUAUGGUGGAGAACAGGAGUGCAGGGUUGAAAGAGCCCCUGAUUAUGGCCAUGAGAUCAACAGAGGGCCGACUGGAGGAAGAGACACACGGCAGCUUUGGUGAGUGUUGA